CAGUGACAAACAUUCUCUUGUAUGCUUUAUCAUGGAGAGCUUUAAUAGUACAGUGGACCCUAGUAAGGCUGAGGAUAACUGGAAAGAAGAAGCGUUAUUGCCAAGCAUAUUUCUUGGUAUCUGUUUUCUUGUUGGCAUCCCAGGGAAUGCGUUGGUAAUUUGGACUGUUCUUUUUAAACUCAAACAACAUUCUCUCACUGUUGUGGUGAUACUUAACCUGGCUGUUGCAGAUUUUGUUGUGUUGUUCACACUGCCGAUUUGGAUACAUUCACUCCUUGAUGCCUGGUUUUAUGGUCUGGCUGCUUGCAAAUUUCUGACAUAUUUCAUGGUCUGUCUGAUGUAUGCUAGUGUGUUCCUCAUUACUCUGAUGAGCCUCGAUCGUUUUUUUGCAAUAAUAUUUCCAAUUGCAAGUAGAACAUGGAGGACAAAACAUAUCAUAUAUUUAUUAAUUGCAGGAAUGUGGAUUUUGGCUUUCAUUUUUGGCAUUCCUGUUCUUUUUGUUAAAAUAGUCAAGGAAGAAAAUGGACGUAGUAAAUGUAAUGAUAGGUUGUAUGCAUCUGAUCAGCAAAAAAUUGCAAUUCUUCUGCUUGAAACACUAACUGGAUUUAUAAUCCCAUUUUCAGUGUUGUCUGUCUGUUAUACAGUUGUGGCACAGCGCAUCAAACAAAUGAAAUUUCAAAGAAAGAGCAAAUCAGGGAAGCUGAUUGCUUGUAUUGUGAUUGCAUUUGCUCUUUGUUGGCUUCCUUAUCAUUUCUUGAACCUUCUUAGUGUAGUUGCCAUAUCAAUAACGCAUCCCUAUCCAGACACUUCAAAGGCACUAAUGAAUGGAAUUGCUAUUGCAGGGCCUGCAGCAGGAGCUUUCUCCUUUAUUAGUAACUGUUUGAACCCAAUCCUAUAUGGUUUUAGUGCCUGGAGCAUCCACAGAAAUGUGAGAAAGUCUUUUCUCGAACUGUUCAGGCAACUGGCUUCUGUUCCCAAGGAAGAUCCAGAUAAUGACACCACCGGAUAGUUGCAGCAUCGUCCUCCCUCCCUGCAUCAGCGCAUCUCAUCUUGUUCACUAUGCAUCAUUAAAUUAGACUGUCUACUGUUUGACAGUUUUUUCUAGCUGGUUGCUUUCAGUGUCAUUGCACUGAUAGGUGUGUUAGUGUAAAACCGAUAUGCUAAUGUCACUUGGUGAUGCUAUUACACAAAGUUCCUUCAGUUUCUUCAAGUGGACUUUUUAAUGUAAAAUAUAUGAAAAUACACUGAUGUGUUAGCUGGAAUUAAUCAUGAAUCAC